AGUAUAUAGGGCCAGACAGGCACGUUACAUGCCACCGAGCGAACCCGUACGCCGCUGUUCGCUAUAUCUUGCACGACCCCUGCCCUCCAUCACCCAACCUCCACCCUGUGCCUUGUGAUUGACGUCGACAUGCUGUUCCACUUCGCGUCUUCGGACGUGUACGAGACCACGAUCACCGACGCGGUCACCGGCGCAGUCGCCUUUCGGACCCUCACCUGCCGCCCUCAGCGCCAACGAUCGGGGACAUGGUCCAGCACGAGCACGGCCAGCUCGAGCAGUUCACGCGUCGAUGUCGCCAACGAUCAGCACAUGACUUUCAUCGAGGACGGCGAGGGGCGCAUCGUAGCGGAGAUUACUUGGAAGGGGACGACUGCCUCCCAUAUUCGCAUAGGGGACAAUGAGAUCAAUGGGACGAUUGAGCUGUUUGACUCUGCGUUCGUGAAGAUACUUCCCGACGAAACCUUGCUGCCGACUCGUUAUGAGUACACAUGGCGCAUGACACCAGACAGUCUUUCGCUUCUCGACGACGACGACGAAGUCAUUGGCGGACUGUAUCAAAAUCACGUAUACCUGCCAGAGGAGAAAAAGUUGGCGCCCGCCACCUCCUCUCGCGUGGGCGGAGACUACCUAGACUUGGGAAAUCUUCCCGAGGAUGAAAUGUUGGAGAUGCUAGUGUGCUACCUGCUCCUGAGCAGUCUCCGCGACCGCAUGUACAGCAUCACGAAGUACGUCUACGGAUCGCAGAAGAAGAAUCCUUUGUCCAGGUUUGGCCGCCGCGCAAAACGAAGCAUCGCCAGCCUACGAAACACCAUCCGCCGCCCCUCAGGGACUUCAUGAACAGGGCCCAGUCCCCCUUCCCGAGACUCGCAUUACGCUGUUGAACACAUGGCUAUCUUCGUUCUUCGUCCGAUUGCUUUGGUUUUGGCGUUUGAUCGCUAUCAUUAUUUCUAUUCUCGCUUGUGCAUAACAUUACGACUCAUAGGCGUUGUGUUUUCUAGAGCCUCGCCCGUCACGCUCCUUCACGAAACAUGUCACGUCGAAUCCGCUUUCUCAUCGCUCUGACUUUGCAUGCUAUCCGACGCGCUCAUCUGCUCUCUCGCUUAUCGCAUACAAUCCAAUCCGUGUACAUUACCUGACGAAUUGAACCUUCAUUGUGGUUGAAGUGCCAUACAUAUAAGCCGGCAAGCUUC